CCGCCGCUGGGGUCAGGGGUCAGGGUUCGUGUCGUGGGGCGGAGGGAAGAGCGGUCGGCCGGGCGGGAGACGCCAGCGCCAGACGCGGAGGAAAGGAGCUGUGACUAGCCGCUUAGAGGCCGCCGAGCCAGCGACGCCUGAGCCAGUCGAGCCGCCGUCGCCGCGCCCCCAUGGCUGCCGCUAAGGACAGUCAUGAGGACCAUGAUACCUCUACAGAGAAUGCAGAUGAGUCCAACCAUGACCCCCAGUUCGAGCCAAUAGUUUCUCUUCCUGAACAAGAAAUUAAAACGCUGGAGGAAGAUGAAGAGGAACUUUUUAAAAUGCGGGCAAAGCUGUUCCGGUUUGCUUCAGAGAACGACCUCCCAGAAUGGAAGGAGCGAGGCACUGGUGAUGUCAAGCUCCUGAAGCAUAAGGAGAAAGGGACCAUCCGUCUCCUCAUGAGGAGGGACAAGACCCUGAAGAUAUGCGCCAACCACUAUAUUACACCAAUGAUGGAACUGAAACCGAACGCUGGCAGCGACCGUGCCUGGGUCUGGAAUACCCACGCUGACUUUGCAGAUGAGUGCCCCAAGCCUGAGCUGCUUGCCAUCCGCUUCCUAAAUGCUGAGAAUGCACAAAAGUUCAAAACAAAGUUUGAAGAAUGCAGGAAAGAAAUUGAAGAGAGAGAAAAGAAAGGACCAGGCAAAAAUGAUAAUGCUGAAAAGGUAGCUGAAAAGCUGGAAGCCCUUUCUGUGAAGGAGGCCAGAGAUGAGGCUGAAGAGAAAUCUGAGGAGAAGCAGUGAAUCAUUUUCUGUCCUUUUCCUUUCUUUUUCUUCUCUUUUUUUAAUUUUGCCCUGCCUCUUUUGGUUUGUUUUUAUUAUUUUGUUUUUACAAGGGACUUUAUAUAACAAAUCCAAUCUUCAGGUGGUUCCCCCAAGUUUUUACCCUAUCGAAGAUGACUUCAGAAAAUCCAUUCCCCAGUCAUGAAAAUGUACUGUGCUAACUUUCUUUUCCAUAGUGGAAACACUUAUUUAUAGUCAUCAAAAAUAGUGAAUAAAAUGCCUUUGAAACCUGGA